CCCUUCCGUCAAAGCUGCUCAGACAAUUCACACCGAGCAGUAAAAUGGCCGACCGUCAACCAACUGACUUUUCAGCGCUUUAAAAACGAUUUUGCAUUUGUUCUUUUCGUUUACAUUAGCGUAUUACAAUACAUCGUUACAAAACAGCACUGCACAGGAAGCAUUUCCGUAAUUAGCUGCAUCAUUGCAUUCUGUUAAUUGAGUAACUGUAUUUCAAGCUGCCUCGAAUGCCUCAAAAGCUAGACUUUCGCACUGAAGCACUUUAGCAGUAGCUUCCAAGCUACAUUUCAUGUAAUUCCUGAGAAAAGAGUAUCAGGAAAGGGAACAGCAGUUCAUGGAAGACAAGAAAAGGAAGAAAGAAGAUAAAAGGAAAAGGGAAACCUCACAGAAGGUGGUCGAGCAAAAAAACAAAGUGCCAGAACUGACCAAGCCCGCAUCUGCCCAGUCUCUUGCCACCCCCAACUCUGUCUCCCCCAACCCUGGCCCUGUCCCUUCUACAACCUCCUCCAUUGCCACCCCGGCUGCUGGCGCCCCCCCUCAGGGUGGGAACAAUGCUAAGCGGCCGGUGGUGGCCAACGGACAGCCCUCCCCCAGCACCCAGGCCCCUCAGCGCUACAUGCCCCGUGAAGUGCCCCCUCGAUUCCGUUGCCAGCAGGACCACAAAGUGCUACUGAAGAGGGGUCAGCCACCACUGUCCUCCAUGCUGCUGGGGGGAAACAGCAGCGGGGGAGAAAGCCCCAAUGCAACAGUGGCUGCUGCCUCAGACUCCAGCUUGGGUUCUGCAGGUCCAGCUGCUUCCUCUCUGUCCCACACAUCAUCAUCCUCAUCAAUCGCUGCUUCUUCUACUACUACUACUACUACUACUACUACUACUUCUUCAAAUUAUGCAAAUUCCAUGUGGGGGGUGAGCUCUGGCAGCCAGCCCCUCUCUCAGGGCAGGGAGAAGGUGAUAGUGGAUGGGUCGGACCUGGAGGAAUGGCCCAGUAUUGCUGCUGGAGACGGGGCCAGAACAGUAGAGGCAUCAGUUACUGGAGGAGCAGAUGGCAGUGGAAUAUCGAACUGCAGUUCCUCAUGGGGUGAAAGGCACCUCCAGCAGCAGCCAAAGGUUGUGGGAGGAGGGAAUGAAGGUGACAAAUGUGUCGGUUCUGCUAGCCCCUCCCCACCUUCAUCCUCCUGUUCAACCAAUGAAUGUAUGCAACCUAGUAGUGUUGUUUGGGGGUCCCAGGGAGUCAUAGGAGGGAAUGCAGUAGCAGCAGGGUCAUUGCCCCCCCCAUCCAAAGCCUCCCCACUCCCAGGGACUGAGUGCUCUGUUGGUGUCAGCUGCGGAAUUCCAGGUGCCAACUUUAAUCCUAAUGCCAAUCCCUCUGCCUGGCCAGCCCUGGUACAGGAUGGGCCUGGUGCAGCUGCAGUUGAGGGUGGACCUUCUCCUCUCCAAAGCUCAAAGUCAUUGUCUGCCAACAACUCAAUUUCUGUGAAUCAAGCUUCUCAUCAGCACCAACAUCACCAAAUGCAAUACAGAGACAUAGAGCCAUCUUGUAGAGAGUGGGGUGGAGCACUGGAGCCAGGAGCAGGACCAAAAAACACAGCAGUGAAGGAAGGGGGCGAUGUGGAUUGUGGAAGUAAGGGAGGAGGGGAUGUCUCUGCCUCUUCUUCAUCUUCCACGUCUUCAUCUACUUGGAGAGUUCCGCCUUUUCCUGCAAAUUCCAAAAGUGGUGCCUCUAGAACUGAGACAUGGGAGGGUGGAACUGGGGGAAGUGAAGGGGGACACUCAUGGGGAUUCAGCAGACAGGACGAUAAACAGGGUGGGAGUACAUGGGGCACAGGAAGUAGUUGUCAGAUGUCUGGGGUAUCUCAGGGAGCAUGGGUUGGGGGAGUUGGGGAGUGGGGUAAUUCAAGCGGUGUUGGCAAUCCGAUUGGGGGAAAUGGAGAUGGCUCAAGCAGUAACAGCAGCAGCAGCGGCAGCAUUAGUAACCCUUCGGUUUCUUCUUCCACACCUUCAACUAUGACGAGAGCUUGGGACAAUCAGAAAGGAGCUGGAGGAGAUGGAGGGGCAGGUGACUCCAGUGAGUGGGUAGGCCAGAGCAGCGGAGGUGGAGGGGGUACCUCAUCAUCCAGUGGUGGAGGAAACACAAGGAGUUGCAAUCAGCAUCAGGGUCACCAUCGCUGUCAUCAGCCUCCCAAUGCUGAAGUGGCCUUACAAAAUCUGCUCAGUCGGACUGACUUGGACCCCAGAGUGCUGUCCAACUCUGGAUGGGGACAGACGCAGAUCCGACAAAAUGUUGCGUGGGACUUGGAAGGAGAAGGAGGAACAGCAGCAGGUGGAGCUAGAUCUUCUACUAAAAUGAAUACGCCAAGCCAUCCACCUUAUUCUGGCCCUGCUGGAACAUCAACCGCUGCCCCAUCAUCUUCAUCUCUGCUCCCUGAUGCAGCACAGAACACAAACUUAAACUCUAAUUCUAUCCUUGGACCUGCUUCUGUCUCGCCUAGUGAAGGCUGGGAUAACAACAGCAGUAGCAGCAACAGUUCAUCUUUGCCCAGUCGAGGUCCACAAUCCUCUGGAAACAGUAUUCAAAACCCCAGUGUGUCUCAGUCUGGGGGUGGAGUGGGUAAUUCUGCAGGAGGGCAGAGCAAGCCUUUUGGGGGCUGGGGAGAGUCACAUCAAUCUGAGAGCCAAGGAAAAGGUUGGAGUAGUGAGGGCCAGGAGUGGAGAGAUCACAUAGCAGGGAGUGGGUCAGGUGGAUGGGGAGAUUUUCGACAGCAGGGUACUCCAGCAGGUGGAAACUGGGGAAACAGUCAGGAGGAGAAGGGGAAUGGAAGUUGGAAGGAGAUGGGGAGAGGGGAUGGGGGAAAUUGGGGACAAAGAAGUGAUAGUGAAUGGGGAGAGCGGGAGUCCAAAACAAGCACUGGGGGUUGGGGUGAUGGGAAGGAUAGUGGAGUUUCAGAAGUGGGUACAUGGGGCAGCUGGGAUGAAGGGGCUCCAAGGAAACCUUGGGGAGCAGGAGGUACAGAGACAGGGGGUGGAGGAGUGGAUACGGGAAGCAAAUCUCACUCGGGCUGGGGUGGAAACAUAAACCUUUCACAGAUCCCAAACAGCCAGUCGGCCGCUCUGAAAGGUCAGGCACAACAGCAGCAACAAUCACAUCCCCAGCAGUCAAAGUCACUGGAUACAGGGGCCAUGCAAGGGGGGUGGGGAAGACAAGGAGGUUCUUCAGCCCAGAACCAAAGUUCAGGAUGGACCUCAGGGCCCAUACCCCAAAUAUCCAGUGGUCCUGGAAGCAGUUCAGAGGCCAGUGGCUGGGAGGAACCUUCACCACAGUCUAUAAGCAGGAAAAAGGAAAUAGAUGAUGGUACAUCUGCCUGGGGUGAUCCCAAUAACUAUGUCUAUGUCAAUUAUUGGGACAAGAAUGACGGGCCAUCUGGCCAACCAGUGCAGUCUCAGCAGCAGGGUCCUGCUCCACCUCCACCAGGAAGAAUGCCCGCAGGCUCUGUGAACAGGGACAUGAAUCUUACACACUCUUCCAACAAGGGCUCUGCAACAGCUCAAUCUGGAUGGGGAGGGAGCGGUUCUCCUUCCAGUCCGUGUGUGGACAAUGGCACUGCAGCUUGGGGCAAACCUGCUGACACACCCACCAGCUGGGGAGACUCAAAUGACACUGGAAGUGCAUCGGGAUGGGGAAACCCAUCCCCUAACCCAAUCAAAUCUGGUUCAAAGUCUAUGCAAGAAGGCUGGGGUGAGCGAGAAGGAUCCGUCAGUGCUUCACGUCACUCCAGCUGGGAGGAGGAGGAUGAAGGAGGCGCAGUGUGGAAUAAUGCUGGAUCCCAAGGCAGUAGCUCUUCCUACAAUUCUGGGGGCUGGGGAAGCAAGAAGGGAAACAAGGGUUCAGUAAAAAGUGGAGACUCUUGGAUGAACCCUAUGACUAGGCAGUUUUCAAACAUGGGACUUCUGGGAGAGGACCACAGUGGCCAUCCAUUGGAUCUGGCCCCUGGUCCUUCUCAAGAAAAAAAGGUGGAUGCAGAUAAACGAGGUGUGGGUUUGAAUGACUACAAUGGAGAGAUGCGCAAAGGAGGGCGUGGAGGAGGAGGUGGUGUAGUCUUCCGUUCCCCUGGUUCCAAAGAGGUUGUGCCUGGUGAGCCUGGGCCUUACUAUGACAAGCAGACCUUGCCUUUCACCAAUCAGGAUGGGUGCCUUGGGGAGGAGGGGCCUUGUUCUCCAUAUUCUUCGCCCACAGUCUUCAAACCCUCUCCCCUCUACAUUCAUCCCAAUCCCCUUAGACAAAUGGGUAGUCAUAUGUUUGGUGCUGGUGCUGGUGGUGGUUGUGGUGGGAUGACACAACCCAGGCACCAGCCAGGAGUGCCACCUGUUAACCCAACUGUACGAGCGCAAGUGCCUCAUCAGUUCCUGUCACCUCAGGUUCCAGGUUCUGUUUUGAAGCAAAUGCCUCCUCCAAGUGGGGGCGUUGGAGGAGUGGGUGGAGGGGUUUUCCCUCCUCAGCUCUCCCCACAGCACAUCGCCAUGCUCAGCAGCAUCUACCCCCCUCACAUCCAGUUUCAGUUGGCAUGUCAGCUACUCCUGCAGCAGCAGCCUCAGCAGCAGCAGCAGCAAAUGCUACAGAACCAUCGCAAGUUCCCUCAAAAUGUACGUCAGCAAGCAGACCCACAACAGCUUGCUAGAAUCAUGGCUGUUCUCCAGCAACAGAGACAGCAGCAGCAGCAGGUGGGUAGUGCAGUUGGGACCUCUAAGCUGUCCCCUUCUCACCUUGGUAGUGGCGGGCCUAAAAUGCCCAUGUCUGACUCCCUCUCUCACCCCGGCCUUGGUGGCUCGGUAGCCGACUUGCAUCUGAAAUCAGCUACAUAUUCAGGGUUUGGUUCUGGUGUGAGUCUGUCUGGUCUUGAGUUGGGUCACAUGGUUGGUGGUACCAGUGGACUGAAAGAAGGUGGUGGACAGCAGUCCCGCUUUAAAUGGAUGAUGGAAGGUCACACGCCAGCUCCUUCCUCUCCAGACAAUGCACUUCACAAAAAUGGCCCCGUUGCCACACCUCUGAAGAGAGGCAGCUCCCCAUACUCUCAGUAUGAAAUGCUCGGAGUAGAAGGUUUGGGAGUGCCUCUCCAAGGGUCUUCAGACAGCUGGCAGAGAAGUCCUGGGAACAAAAUGGGAGCCAAAACUGGCACAUCCAGCUGGCCUCCAGAAUUCCAACCUGGAGUGCCUUGGAAAGGAAUGCAGAGUGUUGACCCUGAAUCUGAUCCCUACAUGACUCCUGGGAGUAUGCUAAGCUCCUCUGCAGUGUCAAGUCUCAAUGAUACUGAGCAUCAGUUGCUGAGAGAUAACACAGAAUCAAACCCCUCCCUGAACACCUUGCUGCCUUCACCUGGUGCCUGGCCCUACAGUGCCUCAGACAGCUCCCUCAACAAUGCACAUAACCCAGGUUUUCUUCCUGCAGCUAAGUACCCCGAGUACAAACCAAGCUGGCCCCCUGAGCCCAUUGGACACAACAAGCCGUGGAAGUCCAAUCGCAACUCUUCCCAGCUGCCACGCCCACCUCCUGGACUGGCCCAUCAGAAACAGCCCUCCAUGUCCCCAUGGGCAGGAGGGACGACACGUUUGGGCAGAGGCUGGGGUGCCUCUGGCAGCAGCCAAGAAAGCAGAUAUGGGCCUGGCUCAGCAUGGAGUGAUGGUGGAGCUUCAAAGGGAAGUUGUUGGCUGGUGCUGAGUAAUCUUACUCCUCAGAUUGAUGGUUCCACUCUGCGCACUAUCUGUAUGCAGCAUGGUCCACUGUUGACCUUUCACCUUGGUCUAACCCAGGGCAGUGCUCUGAUUCGCUACAGUACUCGCCAAGAAGCAGCCAAAGCUCAGAGUGCCCUGCACAUGUGUGUUCUGGGUAACACCACAAUCCUGGCUGAGUUUGUGAGCGAAGAGGAGGUUGCUCGCUAUUUUGCACAUUCCCAGGCAGGAGGGGCCGGGAGCACCAGUGGAGGCAAUGCGGGUGGUGCUGUUGCUGGGCCAACAGGAGCAACGGGGUCAUCCAGUACUGCUGGUAGCACAGGCAGCAUAACUGGUGGUGAAAGGGAGCGACCUGGUGGUGGAAGUGCUGUUGCAGGAGGUAGUAACGGGGGUGGAAGUGGGCCUGCGGGCUCCAGCUGGCAGAGUUUGGACGGUACGGGCAGCUCCACUGACCCAGUCUCCUCCCAGGCCCCCAGCCUAAGCAUCUUCGCCCAAUGGAGCAAUGGUGCAGCUAGAGGCGGCGUGAGCAGCAGUACUGCAGGUGUGGAGCCAGCCAGGCAGGGGCUUUGGGGUGGCAUGGCAGCCGGAUAUCCCAGCAGCAGCCUGUGGGGGUCUCCAGCUUUGGAGGACCGGCACCAGAUGAGCAGCCCUGCAGCACUGUUGCCUGGAGAUCUGCUGGGUGGAGGGUCUGACUCUAUCUGACUGAAACAACACACUUACUUGCACACAAACACACAUGCAAACACACUUUAACAGCACACACAUAACAAAUAAUGAGUAAAAUUAAAAGCACCCUCUUUUGCAUCUACAAUUAAGUAAAUACAAGCACUCUCAAGUGGCAGUUUGCAUAUAUAGUCUCAGUGCAGUGGAGAGACACCAAAUACAUUAAUAUAAAAUAAUUAGUAAAUGCAUUUGCCAACAGAACUAUAUCAUACAUAAUUUGCCAAAACAAGCACUCAAAUACAUGGUACACACACACACACACACGUACUCAAAUGCUGACAAACAUAAAUUUCAUUACAUAUACCAAUAUGCAUUAUAGCAUAAGAGUUUCAGACAACACUGGUUACAGUUGUACAUACACUGUUAAACACAUCAGUUUCACACAGGAGCUGUGUUCCAGACCUUGCUCUCCAUAAUCCAAUCUCCAUUAAAAAGUCCAUUCUCAGGAGCAUGGAGAUUUAGUGUAUGGAGCACAGUAAUUUUUUUUCUCAUAAGUAUUUGCAGUGUGAAAUUGCUGACUGAUAUACAGACGCACAUGCCUACACAUCCCUUGUACACCUUUUAUCCUUAAAUGAAGACUUUUUCAGCAAGACUUGAACAAAAAUGAUACAGUUGGACUUAAACACAUUCAACUGGAUAAAUUCUAAAAUCUUCUUUAUAUAAGAUCACACUUGCAUACUGAGGCAGCAUCACUCAGGCAUGCACUGUAGGAAUAAAUGGACAAAUAUAUAUGCAUCAUACAAUGUUCUAUGUGAUGUUGAAUACUCAGCAUAGACGAUUAAUACAUAAUGUUACAGCUCCCAUUUACUGGCAAAGUCAAACACACUUUACUCAGCCACGCUGUUCUGAUGUCCGAUUGUAUCUGUUGUCUUUAUUUGUUUUAAAUGUGGAGCAGUGGAAUUGAGAUUUCUCUCUUCCUUUAAUAUGCUGACCUCGUUUUUUUUUUUUUUCUUUUCUUUUCUUUUCUUUUCCUGCUCAAUCAAGUUUGUCAUGACGAGUGUGAUCACUUGGAUGUUAAUUACCUGUACAAGGCACCCUUUUGGCCUGUGUGUGCAUGGUGAAGUCCUUAACGGAGAAGAUGAUAUGGAGUAUUAGUGUGGCAUCCGUGAAUGUGUCCAUGAGAGAUUUAUGAAGUGUGGCAUGUUUGUUAAUAUCUAUGCUGGUUAGGGAGGCGAAUAAAUGUGUGUGUGUGUGUGUGUGUGUGUGUGUGUGUGUGUGUGUGUGUGUGUGUGUGUGUGUGUGUGUGUGUGUGUGACGGCUUAUUUCAGGUCUUUUGGUGUCUGUGAGCUGGAUAGGUGUAUGCAGGUAUGUCUGUGCGUGUGAGUGUAUAUGGAAAGAACAUUGGCACUAAUGAAUAUUUCUUGCGUUGUGGUUUUAGCAGCCUUUUUUGUUUUAUAUAUUGUCUGAACUGCAAUAAUAUUAAAGAGAAAAGCUUUGUGUUUUUUUUUUGUUUUUUGUUUUUUUGUGUUUUUUUUUUUUUUAAAGAAGAAGAAACAACCAACUGAAGGCAUUCAUACUGAGACAUGCCAAACUUAUUGUACCAAGCUGAGCUGGAUGGAUGUUUUAGGAACACUUAAAAGUUACCAAUUGUUUAUUUUUGUUGUCGUGUACCAUUUUAAAUUAAGGCAGGCUUUAUCACUCCUGUUCAGGUUGUUUUCUGAUUUUACAAAGAAAAAGGAGAAUUAAUUUAACAAAAGAACAAGACGAUUAAUAAAGGUUGAAUUAAAGUAUUUUU